GCAUGCGACGUCGCUUGUAAAGUACGCAGUGUACGAGGCUGUCUGGGUGCAGUUGUGUCCAUUAGUGGCCUCAAAAAUGGAUAAUAAGUUGGAGAUGGAUAACCUGGAAAUGCGUCUUCAGGCGCUGGAAGGUCGUAUCUUUGGCGAGAGACGAAACAAAGGUGGAAAACCGGUCAAGUGUGCUGAUUCUUUAGCCAGGAUUCAGACAGGUCUGACCAACACAGCCAACAAGAGAGAACGAGUAAAGAUCCUGCACAAGAAGAUUGAGGACCUGCUGAAGUACCUUGACCCCCAGUUCACAGACCACAUCACUGUACCUGAUGCCAUGAAGCUGGAGUUCAUUCUCGCUGAGGAGGACUUCCUGUUUUCCCAAGCUGCUUUGCUGGAGCAGGUCAGCACCUUGCAGCCACUGCUGGACAGCACCUACAUCAGAGACGUACCAGAGCACGCCACCAAGCUGCAGCGUCUGUCUCAGAUUCACAUCAAAGAGCAGGAUCAAACUGAGGCUCAGUCCCAGGAAGUGAAGAAGCUUUUUGAGGAAUACAACAAAAUGAUGUUCCUGCUGUCCAAGCAGUUCACCCAGUGGGACGAGACCCUGAGAAAGCUGGAGGAGGCGAAGGGCAUUCGACCUGUGGAGUAGCUGCUGAUGAAGACAGCGAUGAUGAAGAAGACUGCACUGUGGCAGGAGCUUUAAAUCAGAUCGAGUGUUCCAUAUGUAGCUUGUUUUUCCUCAAGAAGUCUUUCAUUGCUAAUCAGUUUGUCAGCAGAAUUUAGUCCAAUCAGGCAUUGAUACCCUCAGAGUGCUGCAGGAACGAGUUCCAAAACGUGUCCCAAAGUUGAUGGGUUUUGGUUAGAUGCCUGAAAUCAAGUCUGUGGUUAGGACAAGCUUAAAAAAAUUUCACAUUUUGUUCUACGACAUUUUGAAGCUUUUCAAUGUCUUAAAAAAAAUCACUUGAUAACAAGUGGUUAAAUGACAUUACAAAAGUAACUCAUAUACUCAUCAGUCCACCUUUACAGCCUCUCAAGCAAGUUAUUCUAACUCUAUUCUAACUUUCCAACUUGUAGACUUGUCAGUAUAAAAUGUUUAGUAUUGUCUGGUGUAAUAGGAAGGUUAGCGGUGAUGACGCUGAAGUCAUUUGACUGUGGUGCAAGUCGUUUAUAGUCUAACUUGUGCUUUUUACCUUUUACCUUUGGUGAGCAUUUACGCCUCAAAAAUCGCAAAAGUGUUCAAGGUUAUCUUGAUGAACAAAACAUGCAAGUAUCAUAAACUUUUGUUUGCCACAGAGCUUAUUUUCUGCAUUCAUCCAAAAUCCAGUGGAGGAGUACCAUUGGAUUGGACUGGUGUACCAGUAACACUGUCCCAAACACAGCACAAACCCAGUCAGAAAGUCAAACUGGACUACAGGAAUACAGGAAAUGUAAAUGAACUCUGUGUCAUGUGGUUCUUCGUCAGUGGUCUGAGAUGCUGCUUUUAUUUAUUUUCAGACAAUAGAGCUGUUUAUUCACUCAGAGCGUAACACAUUCCAACAUCUGUGCUGAAAGACCGUCACAAGACUUUCUUUCCUGCCCUCUUCACACACACUCACAUCCUCUUUAGUUGGCUUUGUUAUUCUUUCCAUUGUCCUGGUUUUGAACUGUUAUAUAUGUCUAAUGUAUUAUACAGCAUGACUGCGCUUCAUACAAUAAAUAUGAUUACACUUUUCUUUGAUA